AUGUUCCGCUUAACGUUAUUAAUUAUAGUAAUUUUUUUUAAAUCGUGUUGUGGACUUUUUAAUCCUUUUUAUUUCAUAGCUGAAUAUACUUAUUGUCAAUUGCCAAAUGUUGAAUGUUGUUCAUCUAGUUCAAUCUCACCAAAUUUAGUUGCUUUAGAAGAGGACUUAAGAAAAAAUUUAUAUGGUCAACAUAUAGUUAUUCAGCAAAUAAUACCAGCUUUAAGAAGUCACUUCCAUAAAAAUGUAGAGUCAAGUAAACCACUUGUAAUUAGUUUUCAUGGUGGCUCAGGUACAGGAAAAAACUUUGUGGCAAAAAUGAUUGCGAAGCACAUAUAUAGCUACGAUUUGCAAAGCAAAUUUGUUCACCAAUUUGGUAAAUCUGAUUUUCCAGUUGAGGCUGAUGUUAAUAAAUACAAAGUUUAUAUAAAAGAUAAAGUUUUAAGUGAAGUCAGAAAGUGCCCACAUUCUAUGUUUAUAUUUGAUGAAAUUCAUUUGUUACCUAAGGGUGUUUUUGAAGCCAUAUCAACUUUCUUAGAUUAUCACAACAACGUGAAAGAUGCCGAUUUUUCUAAAGCCAUAUUUAUUUUUUUAACAAAUAAUGCCGGAGAAGAAAUACUUGAUAAACUUUACGAGCUAAGAAGUUUAGGAGUUGAACGUGAUUCAACAGAACACCACCAUUUUGAAGAAAUAUUAGAAAUAGGUGCUUAUGCAUUAAAUGGAGGUUUGCAGGGUUGUAGUUUGUUGAAAGCCAAUUUAAUAGAUCAUUUUGUACCAUUUUUGCCAUUAGAGAAAAAGCACGUUAGAAAAUGUAUAAUAACCGAGUAUUUCAGAUGGAAAGUUAACCCAACAGAAAGGUCAAUUUCUGAAAUAUUGAGCAAUUAUGUUGUUUAUGACCCUCAUCAUCAUUUAUAUGUAGAUGGUGGAUGUAAAAGAGUUGAUGGAAAAGUGAGGAUAGAUGUUAUGAAUAAUUAUAGAGUACAUAAAACGUGAAAUUUCUACUUCACGACAAUUAAAAAAUUGAAUAAG